GGAGGGUUGUUCUCGCGACGCUUGCGUUAUCGCACGUGCAUUUGUUGUAUUUUCACGGUCAAAGCUCUUCGAACAAUGUCAGUAUUUACUAUUUCUCGUUUAAUACAUUAUAAACGUCAAGCUAGUUGACAAAUCAUUCUAUUGUGGUUGUAAACGUCAUUUUUGUUUUUGUGUUUCGUGUGAUUUUGAUUUGAAAUCGACGAAAUUUAUUGCGAUGAUUUUUCGAAAUACUUUACCUCCUUCAUGACUUUAAAAGGUUUUGCUGCUGCUAGCAGCGUCAAGUGAAUUUUCUACUCUAGUUUAUUUCAUCGUCAAGGCCAUUACUCACAAUGAUCAACAUAACAAAAAGCUUUGCCCGAUCGUUCCCUUUCACUUUGCUACUACUGAUCACCUACGUUGCUAUCGUGAGCAGCAAAAGCGAGCAGUCGCCGCCACAGCAGCAGCAACAGUCCAAAGCCGCAGUUUCGGAAGUUCCGCAAUCGAACACCACGAAGAGUCCAACUACUUCCCAAGUCGGUAGUUCGGAAGAAAUCGAGGACUCAUUGGAGAAAGACGAUGAGGACGAAGAUAACGACAGCGGUGGCGGUAACAGCACUGAAGAAGACGACGAGGACAGCGCUGAGGAGGAUGGGGAGGACGAGGGCAGCGUAGCCGAAGAGGACGAAUAUGCUGGAGAACUACGAGCUGCAGCUGGCAAAGUAAAUAGCGACGAAUCAAUCGCAAACCUCGCGUCCCCAACAGAGUCUCGUAAACAGGUGAGAGAAUUGCGCGAGCAUAGGCGGAGAAAAAAGUCAUCCACCGAUGAGGAAAAAGCGUCAAAGGAUAAACGCGAGUCGUCCGUGAAAAAAGAGCUGAGCUCGCAAAAGGAGAUUUUCAUUGCUGAAAAUGAGACGCGACUGCAGCUCGACCGCCCAGUCCGUAACGAGGCGCUGCUUGAUGACGUUGCUCAGCUGCCAAAUGAACUUUCGAAUGAGUUGCAGGAGACGGAAAACGAGGACAGAGAGAAGAAAAUGUACAAAGAGUCAGUGCCUGUAGUGCCGAUGUACUCAGUACCGAGAGCCAAAGACGCACUGAAGAAACUGAACAAAAGGCAGGACAGCCUACUUACGGAUCUUAAGGCCUAUCUACUCGACGAGCGGCUCAAACGUCAACAGCUCUGGGAUGAACAAGGUUCGGCAACGGAGAGCUUGUUAAAACUCCUGUCGAAACUCGCAGAGAAUCCACAACGCUGGGAACGUGUGCAUCAACUCUUGACCGACAUCAGAGCCGACAUGGACUAUUCGCGACAAGCGAUACAGGAACAGAAGAGGCUAUCGCAGAUGGUUAAACCGUUAACACCACGUGAACCUACGUUAACACCGAAGCCGACAAGGAAAUCGAAGAAGAAGAAAAAGAAGAAGAAAAAGAAACCACAACAUCUAACCACCACGAAUGUAGAAUCGUUGAUUGCGACAACCGAAAUACCUUGGCUUACCACGCUUUCCCCUGCUGCGGCAAAAUGGCGGCUUGUCGCAGAAAGAUUAUUAGGACCGUCAUGGUCGCAGGAAAGUAGCGGAGGUGAUGAAGUUGACAAGAUUCACAGUUCGACGUCAUCAAAGUCACACACAAUGCACAGGCUACUGGACGACAAGCAGCUCGAGAACCUCAAAGCACUAAACUCCGAGCGUCAAGUAUUGAUGCUCAAGGCAGCUCGGGAAUAUUCGAAGCCUCGAACGGUACACUAUGGCAAAAUUCGUACGCACCAGCAGGCUUCUUCUUCGAAGGAUUCAACCACCGAGUACGAUGCUAAUCAGCGAGCUCAUCACUAUGGCAAGUUGAUAUCUUCGUCGUUGUCGCAUGAAAAUUAUCCACUUGCAGCAACGUACUCGGAGGAACAGCCAGACCUAACAUCGAAUCACGAGUACUUAGCAGCUGAACGAGAUUUCGCAACAGAUAGAAGUAAUUCGGCAAAUUGGUGGCCGGGAUCAAGAACUGGAUGGAACUGGGGACAGGUCGCCAAACCCUGGCUAUCCUGGGAUGCCGAGCGUGAAUACUACGCAAAACUAGAGCAGCAGGAACAAGAAGAGGCACUGAAAACUUGGCAUCAAACGCAGCAACGUCAGCGCCUGCAGAACUUGAAUCGGCACAGGGAAAGCUUACCACCUUGGCUGGAAGAGAAAGAACUUCAUCGUCUGAUGUCAAAAACCGAUCAGAUGAGGCCACAAGGGAUUUACAGAGAGCAAGACGAAGACAUUUGGGGUAACAAUCUCAACAAGAACUCCGAAUUAAAGAACGACGAUCGAUCAAAAUCAGAUGAUUAUUCGAAAGAAUCUCCCAAGCUUACUAUGAAAACGUGGAACAGCUUAACUUCAGAUCCAGCCACAUGGCCGUUUAAAUUGCCUGGAGCAAAACCUUGGCCUAAGGACGAAAACGGAAAAUCUUAUAAUCCAAACGCGGAGCUGCUUCGUAAAUUAGGUCUUUAUAAGAACGGAAGGCCAAGGCCAGACAAGGACGCAUUGAGAGAUUUAAAGCAGCAGAAUAUACAAAACAAUAAGUCGCCUCAAUUGUCAUCGAAGCUAAACUCGUGGAUGGAACCCGACGAACAACAAACAACAUGGUUCAAUAACAUAAAGCUUCAUGCAAGUUAUGAAGAUUCAAGCUCACGCUGGAAUAACGAGAACUUAUCUUCAUCGUCGAACAACGAGCACGUUUGGGGUAGAGAGAAAAUACCCGACGAGUGGAAUCCAGCCAAAACAGCAAGCAACACCUGGCCAACAAAAUGGAAACAGUUUGCUUAUCACAAAGUCACGGCUCAGCCUACCUCGGAUAAACCAAGUAAAAAUGCGUUCAUAGCUGUGUCAGCUGUUUCCGCACCAAAAUAUGGAAACCAAUGGAGGAAGAACAAUAUCGAAGAAAUUGAACAGACCAAUGAGAACGGCCCAGGCUCUGAGGAUCCUGACUUGCCCAUUAAUCAAAUGAGAAUGAAUAUCUGGAAGAAAAAUACAGGCCUUAACGGGACUGCUAUUACCGCUAAUACAGUAAAAGUUGACGUACUUCAAAAUCAAUUAGAAAGCUUAAGAGGCCGCCAAGAAGAGCCUGUUUUGUUGGAACUUAACGUCAGUAUAAAGAAUUCAACAAUUCACAAAGAAAUUGAAUCGUCAACUGCUGUACCAAACAUGCAAAAAGUAACAAGGAACUCGAAUGCCGAAUAGAAUUUUAAAUUCAAGGAAAGCUGUACUUAACUGAAAUAUUAAAUAUUUUCUGAAAUAAUUUGUUUCUAUAAUAAAUAUUUUUUUUCUGUUUACAAUAUUCAUCAAAUGUUUUCCAAUUAUAUUUUUUAAAGUUAUGAUUGUAAAAUUCGACCGUGGGUCAUACUGUCAAAGUAUAUUGGAAAAAUGCCAUUCGCGGAUUUUGCAACUGCAACUGAAAAUCCUUUAAUUAAUUUUAAAACUAAAAAAAUACGACGAUUAAAUGGAGACUACUUGUUAUCAUGAUUUUUGUAAUGUAGUAUUCAAAAAAUGAAUUUUAGAACAUUAUAUAUGUUUAAUUAAUGGAAAUUGAAAUAAUAAUUUUACCAAUGCAUAGUUUAUUGUUGUUUAUUGCAAUAAAAAUGAAGAUAUACUCUUCAUGAAUUAAGGUGGUUCACAAUUACAAAAAAUUUAAUAUCGAUUAUUUGUCUAUAACAGUAUAAUGCAUCAUAAGUUUUUACGUUAUUGAGUUAGUAUUGUUACUGAAAUUUUUAAAUUAAAUGAAAAAGCAUGCAAAUAAUUAUUCUGAAUAAGUAUAUUAUGAUUAAUGUUAAAAAUUGUGAUAAACUUAUUUGGAUACGUAUGCAAAUUAAGAAUUAAUAGUAUUUAAUUGGUUAACUAUUAUUAUAAAGGCAUUUGCAUGUUAUCUAAAAUUAUUCUUUAAAAAGUAUCUCAAAAGAAAUUUAGUCUUAAUUAUUUUUUGAUAAAUGUUUCAUUAAACCAACAAGAUGAAUUAAUUCAUAAAAUUGUUUUGCCACGAAAUAAAUUUUGUAUUUCAAAAUUAAAGCACCUUUUACGCUAAGAAAUAAUAAUAUUGUUGGUAUUAACAUUGUCAGAUAAAAAGAUGAAAAUUAAAAACGUAUGAAAAUUGGGAAUAAAUUGUUUUAUGACGUAUUGUACAUAUAAAAAGUAAAAAUAUGUAUACAAAUCUAUAAAGCAGUAUGUAUGAAAUUACCUUUAUGAACAGGCUAAUACUUAAAAACUCUGGAAUAUCUGGAACUCAAUAUCAUAAGAACCAAGUAAGAAAACAUUAUUUUCAAACAAAAACUUGUUUCAAGUAAAUUUACAAAUAUUGAUAGAUUAGCAGAAUACUUCAUAGAUUUUUAUUAUGGAUUUACUUUGUAUAUUCGCGUCAAGUUAUUUUACUACUUAUUUUACUUAGAAAUAAAAUAGAAAGAUAAAGUUCUGAUUUAAUUAGUAUUUAUUAUCUCACCUAUGCUUGCUUCAUUUUUUGGAUUUUCUUUUUACUUAAUUUCAGAGGUAAUAAUUGGGAUUAGUUAGACAUUAGCUGACAUUUCGCUUGCUUAUUUAUCAACCUCUUCAGAAAAAUAAGCACAAUGAGUGGCACUGUCUUGUUAGAAUAGCUGUUGUCGCUAGCUAAUAACUAUUCUGACAAGACUUAGAAUAAAUAAAAAGAGAAAGUUCCGAUAUUGAUUUGAACAUUCCAUAUAAUAGUAAUAAGUAUAAUUUCUGAAACUUUGUUCUUUUAUAUCUUAUUUGUUAGUGAUAUCGGUAUGAAUUUCGAAAAACAAAUGGGUUAAAUAAAUUGAAUGUUGUAUAAGGAUGUAAUUGAAAAAUUAAAAAUCUAUAAUUUAAGUUUAAAAUUAUUAAUAGUGAUAUAUAAUACAUGUUUAAUGAGUAUUGAAAGGGUUUAUUUUAUAAUAUAGAAUAACUAAUACAAAUUAUUUCUUGUAUUUAUUAUCAAGUAAGCAAAUAUAGGAAUAUUUAUCAAUUUUGGCAUGCUUACAAAUUUUAUGGGAUGAUAUUUUACAGAGUUAUUACACAACUGUUAUAAACAACAACUGCUAUGUAUAAAAUAAUAGACCUACUAUUGGCAUAAAAUACUAUUUUAUUUAAACGUGAUUGUAAUGGAAAAUAUCAAUAUUGUAAGGACAAGUAAAUAUGCGAAAUCAUAGCACGAUAUCGAAUGAAUGGUUUCACAAUGAAACAUCUCAUGUAAAUUUUAAUUAUCAAAUUCAUUGAAUAGUUGUAGUUUCAUUAGAAUAUUUGUUUCCGACUUUUCUUAAAUAUUGAUUCAUUUUCAUACGAUUACGCUAUCACGAUGUUUCAACAUCUUCUAACAAAUGUAAAUUUAAAAAUAUGAUUAAUAAAUAAUUUAAUAUAUUUUCGGGAAAUUCUUUUUCUUUAUUUAAAUAUCAUAGUACUCAUUGUAAACUGAUCUAACAUGAAUAUUAGAACUAUUACAUGACUGUUAAUUUUUAUUGAA